UCAAGUAUCUCCCCAACCUUGCAUUGGAUAUGCAAGAAGACAAAGCCUCGGAGAUGUUUUGGAGAAGCUUAGGCCUUACUGAUGGAGAUAUUAAUGGUAUUAAAAAAGACAACGAUGAGGACUACGAAAUGUGUUAUAAAAUGCUCAAAACCUGGUGGCAACGUGAUGGUACUUAUGUCAAUCUUGAAAAAGCCUUAAAGAAGCAUGAGUAUACAGCGACAUUUGAAAAAUACUGCCUUAGGAAACAUGAUCCACCUGCGGGGAAACCUGAGGAACUGCCAAAAAAGCUGAAGCAAGGAUGUGUUAGCAACGAAGACCUUCAGAACAUUUCUUCUAAAGUUCAGCGAAAACGUAAGAGAGUUGGGAGAGCCCUCGGGUUAGACGACGAUAACUUGGACGUGAUAGAGGAAGAACAUCGGGACAACAUAUCUGAGCAGUCCUACCAGAUACUGCUGAAAUGGAAGCGGAAGAGGGGUACUGAAGCCACUUACCAUGCCCUUGCACGAGCUUUGUGUGAUCGCACUGUCAUGAUGAAACAUGUUCUGGAUGGCUAUUGCCUCACAUGAGUAACCCUACAGGUGGAAUUAGAACAUGGAUUCAUAUAUACCUUGUUACGGUUAUAAUUUAGUUUCCUUCAUUACCUCAUAAUUAGCUGACUUUGGAAACAUUCUCGAUAUAGUUCAUAUUUCUUUGGACAAGUGAAAACACACUUAGCGACAAAAAGUUUAUCCAAGCAAUCCUGACAAAGAGGCUUAACUAUGUGGGUCAGUUAUCCUCUAUUUGGCUUACAUGUACUUGUUAGUAAUGGUAAGGACUAAGUGAGUCCAAUUUGGUCUGUAAUCAAACGAUUAAUAACAAAAUCGGACGAUUGCGCCAACGGGAGUCCGAUUUGUUUGUCACGGGUAUGAUAACAGACCGAAUAGGACGACACGAAGUCUUAUUACCAAUUAGUCAUAAAAGUUACAAUUUCCGAGGAAAGAGGAAUAGCCAAGUUAUGAAAGAAAGGGUAAAUUUGCAUUAGAAGACUAUUAUUGUUAAAGGUUAUGAGGAAAGCCCUAAGUUAGCAAUCUGUACACUGGUUAUAUGGUGAUUGAACCGAGGUUGUGAUUGGUUGAUUUAAACUACAACUUUCAGUGUGAUUCUCUGAUUUAAUCUACAACUUUAAAUGCGAUUGGCUCAUUCAACUGUCCGAUAACAACUUGGCAAGUGAAUUAGUGGAAAUAGGAGUUUUUUAAACCAAUGACAAUCGAGGAAAUUGUAUUUUUUUAAUGAUUAUUGGAGGAACAGAACGGAACGGAAUGAAAUUCUGUAAUUUGCGAAAUGAAAUGUCCACUACGGUCGCGAAGAAAUCAAUGCAUCGCCUGUGUGAAAGAAGAAUUGCGCUAUUUAGCCAUAAGAUGCAAAUUUUAAUUUUAGAUUUCUUCAUCAAUGUACGUAGUCGAUAAUUAGUUCGAAUGCGUGACAUGGCGCUUCUCUGAAAAGACAUCCACAGGACAAUGUCGCGUGACUAAAGGUGCACAAACAUAUCCAAAAUUUUCCCUUGCCGAUCUCCUUUUUAGUCCUUGUCAGUAAGAUCACUCCACAAAAACUGAAGGAGAUCUGGUAAAUCAUUUGACGCUAAACUUCUCUUCGAACACCCGAGUAACCUAAACUAUGGUAACUUGAAUGCCAUAUUGCCUAGCCUGUUUCAGUUGUUCAGUUAAUAAAACGAAGCGUGAUCAUUACACGGUAAAAAAACGAGUGAGGCUUGGGUCGGGUUACGUUAUAUACGCGACCCAACCCAAACCGCUCUUAUUGCGCUGUUUCCUCUUUCUCUUCGUUUUACUAACUGAACGCGUGGAACAGGCUACAUGAAAAAAGUGACAGAAGCGUGACGCAUUCUCCCUCAGCAGGAGAACAUUACGACAAUUUCGCGCCAUUUUUCUUUAACAGCAAAAAGUCCUAUGAUGGGAUGAGACAGUUUUGGUUGGGGAUUCGCACGUAUUCAUGUUGCGAAAUUUCAGAUUUCCAUUUCGCAGUCAAAGAUUUUGAGUUCAUUUCGCAGAUUACAGAUUUUAAUUUCGUUUCGGUUUACAAAUUUGUCAUGAUUUUAAGAUGUUCGUUUAAUUAAAAGAUACGGUAAACCUUCGCUGGUGUACAUCACGAAAAAAAUUGUUACCGCGCUAUUUGUAACGCACCACCAUAAGUUAUAUAUCAACAUGUAUCAAUUUUUCCGUUUUAGUUUGGUUUAAUCGUAAAUCAACUGAGGCACGAUCGAAAAGGACGAUGAGAGGGUUAAAUAGUCCCGUCGAAAAUUUCUUCCAGUCAUCGAAAACAGGAAUGAACUUUAUUUUCCUUGAGUUCACAAUUGAAUAUUUUUAAUAAGAAAAUCCCACUAUGACUGUUCUGAUUUAACUCAGAAAAGAAGAAUUCUACCAAUGCAAAUCCUAAAUAAAUUUGUAAACCAAGCCUGUUAAACUGUAGUUCAGUCCAAUUCGUUUCAUAAUAAUGCGAGAGAUUCCAAAGUCAUUUGUGCCAUAGGAUAAACAAAAUCAAUGUUGUCUUCUAUUAUACUAUCAUUUUUCAAUGGGAAAAAUUCUCCAUUUUGAAGAAAGCCCCAAUGUAGAAGUCUGUUUACUUUUUCUAUGGUGAUUGAAACCAAGGUUGGGAUUGGUUGAUUUAAACUACAAUUUCGCAUGUGAUUGGUUGAUUUAAACCACAAUUGAGAAUGUGAUUGACUCACUGAACUGUCUGAUAACAAAUUGUCUGUUAACAACUUGGCAAGUGAAUUUGUAGAAAAUAGUAGUAUUUUAAACCAAUCACGUGCACGAUCAAGGAAAUUGUAAUUUAAAUGAUUAGGUGUACUAAGCAUGAGUUAAUGUUUUUCAAGACAACAAAAUUGCAAGAGCCCUUGGGGCAAGUGCAAUAUGUAGUCUUUGAACAAUUUACAAGUGCUUAUUAUACCAAAUUUCAAGAGAAACCAUGUCAUUAAUAAUGAAUAAUAAUUAAUAAUGAUGUUAAUAAUGAACAUGAAAAAACCACUGCAGAAAGUCAAGACAGAUGAAAUUUUGAAAGCGUGUGCGCUAUUUGUAAUUUGCACUCUUGUUACAUGAGAAUGCAGUCCUUCUCAGCCAAUAAGGAGUGCGUAAUUUUUUUUAUGUACAUAACUGCCCACCUACCCCUCCCCUAACCCAACAACAGUCAAUUGAUGACAAGUCAGGGUUAAUGUUAGGUUAGGGGAGGGGUAGGUGGGCAGUUGCCUAACUACUGAUACUGAUCCCAUCAGGAUCAUUCUCUAUAUGUUUAUAUCCUCAAUAAGAUGAACCAUGUCAAAACAAUUUUGCAUAUGUCAAUAUGAGACAAAUCAAAACAAACAUUGUAUUGCAGUCCAAACAUUUACAUUAUUUUUUGAUUUCUUCAGUUCAUAAGUGUUCAAACUUCACUCGACUUCUCCAUAAUUAAAUUUGAUCAAAAUGUAGUGUAUGAAUUAAGAAAAAAAAUUUUUUUUGAAAAGAAAUCCUGACAAUGGUUCUGAUUUUAAUGAGAGGUGCUUGAUGCUUACCCGUAACACCUUACAUUUGACAACUAUUAGCCGAGGUGGCCAGUGGUGGAUAUUUACCGAGCCACCAGGCAGUAACGCAAGUAUUCAUCCCCAGCCAUGGACACUAUAUACUCAAAGACUAAGAUAUUAUGCCACAAAAGAGGAUUUAAACUCUUUCAUUCCUUCAAUGAUUAGAAUAUUUUUGGGUGCAAAUCCUGCGCAAGUUGCUCGGAGAUGAAUAGCAAAGGAUAUACGGAUUUUAAACAGCCAAUCAGAGUGCACCUCCAGGGCUAUCCACUGUAUUAGUGUGUACUAAAAAAUAAUAAUUAUUUGUAAAACAAACCGUUUUACUACGGUGAUAAAAUAGGCUCUUGUAUUCAUUUAUCUCUCUUUAAUUGUGGAUACAAGAAUUUAUUACAGUUACAAUCUAAAACUAAGACAGUUCAUGAAU